GGCCAGGCCUCCUCCGAGCCAGCGGGUCUGCCUCCGCCGGCACGCCUUAGGCAGCGCGCUCCCAGGGCGCGGACGGCGCUGCCGCAGGCCGGUCUUCAAUGCCCGCUGCCUUGCCGCGUUGCCUUUUUCACGGUGCAGCCUCCGCCCUGCCUAAAAGUGUGUUCUUCUCCGCACGCACGGACUCCUCCUCCCGCUGCCCGCUCCGCUGUCCUCGCCGCCUCCCCACCUGCCGGACUGUCCUCACCAUUUCACAUGCCCCAGAGUGUAGGUUCUGUGAGGGCAGGAGUUUUUCUUUCGUCACGGCGACAGCACUGACUCGUA